AUGGCAGAACAUCUGAUGAAGCUACAGCAGUACAGGUGCAAAUACAAUGUCAACUGGAGCAGUUCCUACCCAGUAAAAGAAAGCAGACUUUCAGAUGAACAUGUAUUUUGCCUUGCUUGCUCAGAGGACAUUAGUAUCAGGAAUUCUGGAGUAAAUGACCUCAAAAAGCACCCUGAAACUAGAAAGCAUGUAAAUUGGGCUGAGGCCUCAACACCACAACAGUCAAUAAAGGGUAUUUUUAGUCCAGCUCAGCAGACAUUUAGGCAGAAGGACAAGUUGCAUCCAAGAAAUCUAAUUCCAGACCUCUGUAGACAGUUCUAUCAAUUAGGCUGGGUCACAGGAACUGGGGGAGGAAUCAGCUUGAAACAUGGUGAUGACAUCUAUAUUGCUCCAUCAGGAGUCCAGAAGGAAAGAAUUCAGCCAGAAGAUCUGUUUGUUUGUGACAUAGAAGAACGGGACAUUAGUGUGCCUCCACCACAGAAGAAACUAAAGAAAAGCCAGUGCACCCCUCUCUUCAUGAAUGCCUACACUAUAAGAGGAGCAAGUGCUGUAAUCCAUACUCAUUCCAAAGCUGCUGUUAUGGCCACUCUUCUCUAUCCAGGAAGUGAGUUUAAAAUCACCCAUCAGGAGAUGAUAAAAGGAAUCAAGAAAUGCAGUUCAGAAGGCUAUUACAGGUAUGAUGAUACGCUAGUUGUCCCCAUCAUUGAAAACACACCAGAAGAGAAAGAUCUCAAAGAACGAAUGGCACGUGCAAUGGAGAAAUACCCAGACUCCUGUGCUAUAUUGGUCAGGCGUCAUGGAGUUUAUGUAUGGGGAGAAACUUGGGAAAAAGCCAAAACAAUGUGUGAAUGCUAUGAUUACUUGUUCGAUAUUGCAGUGCAGAUGAAGCAGCAUGGACUAGACCCAGCAAAACUUCCAACAGAAGAAAAUGGGAUCAUAUAAACCACCACAACACAAUACUAUAACAAACCAUAUAUAUAUAUAUAUAUAUGCAGAGAACAAUGCAAAAAAAAGAACUGAAUACAGAAUCGUGAAACAUACUGUGCACAUGAGAUCCAUGCCACCCCACCUCAUCUAAUACAGUUGUGUUAUGUAUUUUAAAGCUGAAGUAUAAUAAGUGUUACCAAAAACAGCAAGUGGAGGAAACCCCAGUCAUGCAAACUGAGUCAGUAAGCUUUGUGCCUAUUUCAGGAUGAGGGCCCUGGUUUCUCUCCCUCUCUUUUUUUUAGGGCUUUAUAAGUUAAAUGAGUGGAAAUUAAUGCCUUUUGAUUAUUGGUUUUGAAUGUGUAGAUGAUGAUGAUUUUUGCAGUGUGGCAAGUUUGUGAGGAAUAUUUCUUCCAGUGUGCUGCAAAUAAGUAUUGAUAAAUAUUUUAAUACCAUUUUUAUGAAUUAUUUUUAAAUUUUGUUUCAUUUACUAAACUGGAUGCUGGUUUGAUUGAGCAACUUAUUUUUUGAAAAGUAAUAAAAAGGUAGUAAAAAUGACGAGAAAAUCUUUGGGAAUCAGUCUCUUAUCUUUAAGAAAGUACAAACUGGCAAAAGGAGCUAGGUAUCUCAUUUGGUGAAGUAUUAACAUGCCUCUUUUUUCCUGAUUUGCUUCUAGAUUUUUUUUAAGUGUUUGUUGGAUCUCAAUUUCUGAAAGGUUAAUAGCUCAUGGUGAUUCUGUUAAUAAUUGUCUGUGAUCAUUCAAGUUGAAAAUGGUAAGCACUGACAGGUUCUCCAUCAUUGGAUUAAAUUAAGUUUUAUACUUAAAAAAUAAGCACAGAAUUCAAAAACCAUGUACAACUCCUAAUGUACAUUACUUUUAUGGUGUGAUUAACAUGUAAAUCAUACCGUAAAUAGUAAUAAUGCCGCAUGGUCAGCCAUUUAUGUUCCCAGUACUGAUGCCAAAACCUGCCUGUUAAGCAAGCAGUUUGCAAGGUUCCCUGGGGACAGGGGAGUCACUUGGCUUCCCACAACCUGACAUUUUAAAAAGCCUUGUCCUGCAGCUUCUGCAGGAACAACUAGCCCAGUUGCAGGGAGACUCUCAGCUACCCCCUCCAGGAACCUUGCUAACAUAAUUGGUUCCCAUUCAAAUAAAGGCAUGAUUGGGAUCAGUCCCUGAUCCCAAUAAUCACACAUCCUGCUAUGCAGUUAUGUGAACCUCUGCCAAUACUAGCAUUAGUUGGCCUGGUAAUUCAGUUGGAUGUAAUAUUUUUUAACAGGACAUGUAACAUGUUUUUAAAACUCUGUCUUAACUAUUAUUUUCCUCAGAAAUGUGAGAAAGUUCACAUCAUUCUGUAUUUUGUUUUCUCAAUGAAUUACAGUAACAUGAUGGUCUGUAUUCCAUCUCAUUUUUACUUAAAGAGAGUUCAUUUCACAGUAAAAUCUUGUUUAAACCCAUAGCUGGAUAACUGUUUAUGACCCAUUUGGAUCCAUGACUAAAAAGGUUCAAUGAAAUCUCACGAUUCUUUAUCUCACGAUUCUUUAUGUAAAACAGUGCCACCAAAGUCAGAAAUAAUCUUGUUUAUUGAAGAACAGCAUCACGUAAUAAUGCAUUCAUGUAUCUUCUUUUAAUAUAUAAGAGAAUGGUCAGUGCUGAAAACAUUAUUAGUUUUGUUGAGCUAAUGGUCUGUUUAAGUAUAGCACAUGUAUUUCUGUGAACACGAUAAAACAAAAUAUUAUUUUAUUUUAUGAAACAAAAUAUUGAAUCUCCUGUAUUAUUAUAUUUAUUAUGUGUGCCAUAUUGUUGAUAGAAGCAGACCUAAUUCGGUAGUUCUGUCAGAUCAACUUAGACAUAAAUUGAUGGUGUUUUGCAUCUUUGGUUGAUGGGACAUUAUCAUGAAUUGGUCACUUGUACUGGAUUUGCAAACCAUGGAGCAUGAAAUUUAAGCAAAUUUAUGCAAGGAAUGGCUCAUUGUAGGCAGCUUACCCAAUAUUCAUUUAAGGGGAUAAAAUUCUGUUCUGUCCUUCAAAGCAACCAAGUCCUCAGCAAGAAGUAAUUAAUAGUUCUUCCUCUCAUAUUUUUGUAUCUUCUUGGAGCCCAGCUUUCCUGAAAGAGUUUAAAGUAGCUAUAUCACUUCUGUUACAACAAAAUUCAGUAAAUAAAGGCUUCCUUUUUAUCUUUUAUUUCUUAAAUUAUGCAACUGACCAAAUUUGGCUGAUGUUUCCUUACAUUAUAUAGGGGGGAAAAAAGAGAAGUCACUAGUAACUGGAUCCUGUUGAGAUGCAUUGUCCAUAAACUCAUUGUCACUGUGGUUGUGCACAUGCCCUGUGUUUUCCGAUAUGAGAUUAUUUGCCUUAGCAAUAUCCAUAGAGUCUUCCAUAGCUCCUGUGCCAAGGAGCUUAUCGUCAGUUCACAAUUCCUGCUCUUCAAUUUCCUCUUACCUGUAGAAGUGUUAGACUCUAAGGAAGAGAAAAAGGAGGGCAGAAUGUGUUCAUCCAUAUGGACAAUGCGUCUCAACAAACACUAGUGAUUUACCAAACCUAGGAUGUGCUUGGUGCUUAAGAUUGAUAGCAUAAUGCUUGGGAACAACAUAUAUCAAAUUCCAGGUGACUGUUUUACAAAAGAUCAAUUUUGCAGAUAUGACAUAGGCAGGCUGUGGAAGUACUCUGAGUAGAUAAGACUUUGCCUUUAGAUGCAAGAGGCUAUACACAUCCAGCAACUGCACUGUCAGGCACUAGGCCUACAGCUGAAAGCAUACUGUCAGGUGGACUUGGUAGCUGGCAAGUGCUUUCUGUCUGUGAAACUUCUUGUUUCUUGAUCAAUUUAGAAGAAUAGUACCUUCCCCUUUACUUGCCUUCUGUGGUACAGAAUUUGCUAGUUCUGUCAUUUCAACUGAAAUCCUUGUCUUCAGUUCUGAGCUCAUACUCAGUUCUAAUGGUCUCAAUUUAAAUGAUUUAUUUUUUAAACAAGAACCUCCUGAUCAGAGAAUAGUUGAAAGAAGAAAACAAUGCAAGGUUCUGAUCAAACUUAUUCUGUUAGGCAUACAUCCCUGUUCUGCAGUACAUCUUGAGUGCUCUAGUACCUAACUCAGACUUGCCCUUCAGUGGUUUCCUCCCUUUAUUCACGCUGCUUCACCCAUUUUAAGCACCAGUUGAAGUCAUAUUUAACACUAUACGUAAUCAAUCUGGUGGGUUUAGAUGGAAUUUGUCCUGUGUGAGUAUGCAGAUCUGUGACAUUGUUACUGUGUCACAGACCUAUACACUGUGGCUUUCCUCCUUUCAGUGUGUUCUACCAAGAGUAGAUCCUUUGGGUUGAUUUUUUUUCUCACAUCACUAUUCAAAGCCAAAUGUGUUGUCUCUGACCUACCAGCAGAGCUAAUGUCCUCUGCAUUCUGUUGGCUACUUUUUACCCCAUUCUAGCUACGUUUCUCAGUAUCAGAAAUUUCUUCUUUGUUGAAAAAGAUUUGCACCUGCUUCCAUAAGGCAGAUGAUUAUAAGUUGAACCAAAGACUGUAUGCAAGUAUGUACUUUUAUAUCCCUUCAAAUGUGUGUGUGUGUGACUGGGCACUCAUAUGCUCUAACCAUGCAUAUUAUAGGGCUAAUUAAUAUAUGUAAAGUUUCAAGGUCUUUGAAUCAAAGACAUGAAAGGUAUUCAGCAGUUUGUGUUUUCCUUAGUGCUCUUUUCCCCAAGGCAUGUUAUAACAAGAAGAUUAGUUUUUUGAUGUGUCAGUCCAGAGGGAGAGUCUAUCCUUGUCUGAUUGCCACCUACUGAGGGUGACCCUAGGUGCCUCCUCUAAACCACCAUAUCUCUACAAAAGUGAAUUCCUGUGAUUAUUCAAUUAGUACAAUCACAGUAAAACAAUUAUGUCAUUACACAGUAUUGAUGUUUAAGUACAAAAAGGUUUCCCUGUUUUUUUUAAUGCUACAGUUGCCCUGCACUGAUAGACUGGAAUAGAAGGUAUGAGGAAAAGCAGUUUCUUGACAUAUUUGGUCCUUCUAGGUUAUCUUAAUUACAAAUAAUACCUAAACUGAUUUGACCCUUGUUUGCCAAAAGUGUAGAGAUUACUUUUAUAAUAUCUUACCAGUAAAAAAUGUCUGCAGAGGUAUUUGUUAAUCUCUUCAUAAUUCAAGCCUUUCUUUCCAAACACAUUUUGUUACUUUACAUGUUCUCAUUGUGCUCUAAAAUAUAGCUGAGAGAUUUUCUUCAGUAACCUGUAAAAGGUGACAGUCCCAAUAGAACAGUGG